AGAUGGCGACUGUUCACAGCAUGAUACUCGUACGUAAUCGCCUUGCGAUAUGUUCCAUCUGACUUUUAAUGCGAAUGUAUUAUUAUUAGGCCUAUAGUUGUUACAUUGUCGAAUAUGGAAUUUGAUCUUGAAAAUGAUUGGAUUACUGACAACUUUACGGACACUCUCAUAGAAAAAUUGUUUGGGAAUGUAGCUAUGAAAGACUCCGAUUUUCCAAAAUGGAAGAAAAGAAAGAAGAAAAAUAAAAAGGGUGUAAAAUAUUGUCUUGCAGUGAGCGAGAGUCAAAAUGAAUAUAUGAAUAAAACAGAUAACACUUCAACCGCUCAUGAUGUUGUAAGCAUGUACAAUACACCAACUGAUUCUAAGUCAUAUGUCACACAUAACAUAGAUUCUGUUAGUGUGGGCAAGUCCCCUGAGGAAAAACAUCAAACAGUCAAAACUGAUGGAAAGUGCACAGAAACAGCUAGGACUUCAGAAGAAAAUGAGGAUCAAGUUCACAAAACGAAGAGAAAACCAAACAAAAGAAACAAAUACAAACAUUUGAUUAUUAAAAAAAAUGACACAUGUACAUCUUCUGACUUAAUAAAUGUUACUCAAAAUAAUGUUGAAAGAACAGAUACAGAGAUGACCAGAAUGGAUGAAGAUGAGAACAACAGUGAAGUUGGAUUUUCUUGUGAUCAUUUUAGGAAAACCCAAAAUAGUAAUGAGACUAGACAAAAUAGGAAAAGAAAAUCAUUAGUUCAUAACAUUGAAUCUGAUAAUAUAGAGCUAAAAAAUUCCAAAAAAUGCAAAUAUAAAACGUCACAUAACAUUAACACAAAGGUUCAAAAUACUUGUAAAGAUAAAUGUGACAUUUCAUCAAAUGAUUAUCAAGAUGAAUCACUUCAGAAUUCUGUUCACAAUAGUAAAUUAUCUUUUAAGUAUACGUCAAAUGGAAGUAACAAUGAUACUCAAAGGAGUGAUGAGAAAGACUGUACCUUGAUGAAAAGUAAGAAGAAAAACGAAAAUUUUCAAAAUUCUGAAUUUAAAAAGAAAAAUAAGGAUAAAGAUAAUCAUUUGGAGCCACAUACAUUUUCCCUAACGCACAAACAAAAGACCUUGUGCAGUGAAACAAGUGGAGACUUAACUAUGCAAUGUGAAGAUUAUUUUAACCAAAGUAAACAUACCUGUAAUGUAAAAAGAAAUAUAAGUAGUUCUAUGAUCAGGGAGAAGGCACUAAAUCGAUUGAAUGCUGCCAGGUUUCGGUAUCUCAAUGAGAAACUCUACACUUCUACUAGUAAAGAAGCACUUCAAAUGUUUCAUAAUGAUCCUGCUUCAUUUAAAGUCUACCAUGAGGGUUAUAAACUUCAGGUUUCUAAAUGGCCAAUUAAUCCAGUAAAUAUCAUUAUUCAAGAUAUUGAAAAAGCACCGUUGAAUGCUGUGAUAGCUGAUUUUGGAUGUGGAGAAGCAAAAAUUGCCCAAAUAUUUGUAAAUCGCAGAAUUUAUUCUUUUGACCUUUUAGCAGUUAAUGAAUAUGUAACAGCUUGUGAUAUUGCAAAGGUUCCCUUACACAGUGAAUCUGUAGAUAUUGCAGUAUUUUGUCUUUCUCUGAUGGGCACCAACCUUCAGGAUUACUUGGCUGAAGCAAACAGAGUCCUAAAGAAAGGGGGACUUUUGAAAAUUGCAGAAAUAGAAAGUAGGUUUUCUAACAUUGAAAGCUUUAUUAGCAUUUUGAAAAAAUUUGGAUUCUCCUUACUAUCAAAGGAGCAAUCCCAUAAGAUGUUUGUCUUCUUUGAUUUCAAGAAAACUAAAGGUAUUGGCAACAGACAGAAACUUCCAUCAAUUCAACUACAACCUUGUCUUUACAAGAAAAGAUAAGAAUCUAUCAGAUUUUUCACAGGUGUACUUGCAAUUUCAAAAAGGUUUCCCUACCACUUUUGUACUCUGUAAAUAAAAUAAAAUUAAAUAUGAGCUUUAAUGAA